GAGGUGCUGAAAAUAUUUUACCAUACUUGGAAACAAAAACCCAACUCUUCAAAACCGUCCACCAAAAAAUAGUAAAAGCUGAAGCCAAAACUCUACAGUGUAUUUAGACAGAGAAGGAGAAGAGAAAUAAUUAAUCAUGGAAGAUAAUGAUAAAAGCAGCAGAAUUAGCAGCAGCAGGGAGAAGAAAGAAGAAGAAGAAGAAAAUCAAAAUAAUGAAACUCUAAAGAGAAGAAUCUCAAGCCACCCUUUGUACGGACUCUUGAUUGAAAAUCACAUGGACUGCUUAAAGUUGGGAAGCGUUCUGAGUGUAGAAAGUGAUCAAGAUCUUGAGCUUCAUUACAAGCAAGAUGAUGAAAACAAGGCCAAUAAUAGCAUUCAUAACCUUUCAGAGCUUGACCAUUUCAUGGAAGCAUAUUGCUUUGCACUGAGCAAGCUGAAGGAAGCCAUGGAAGAACCUCAGCAAGAAACCCUAGCAUUCCUGGACGCCAUGCAUUCACAACUUACGGAGGUCACAGGAACUACCGAUCAUCCACCUCCCGAUACAUCUUCCGGGGAAAGAGAUUAAUUGGUGAACUUUGUUUUAUUAGAUGCGCUAAUCAGCUAAUGUGUGAUACUAGUUUUGUUGUUAAUUUGGGUUUGAAAUGGCACACUAUAACCAAUUAAUAUGUGUGAGAUUCGAUAAUCUCAUGAGCCUUUUUACUCGGAUAAUAUAAUACUUUAUGCAUUAAAUAAUCAAUAUAAACAUUGAUAUAUUUAUUUUGAAU